AUGGUUGAUAAUGGCGGUGUUGUCUCAAUGUUGGAAAAUUGUGAUUUAUAUAUGGGAACAUGGAUGAAGGAUGAAGAAUAUCCAAUUUACAGCCUGAGUUCUUGCCCAUAUGUUGAUGAGGCCUUUAGCUGCCAAGGAUUGCCUGAUAAGAGUAGAAUGUAUGAGAUCCAUGGCCACCAGAUAACCAAGGGAAAAGGCUACUUUGUCUUUAACUUUACGGACCAUAACUGUACAGUUGAGUUUGUGAGGUCACACUUCCUUGUGAGGGAAGGAACCCGCAUCAAUGAGCAGGAACCCACAACGUCAUUGUCUGAUCUGGUGACUGUUCAAGCUCCCAAUCUCACUACAUGA